AUGAAUCAUUUUCAACAAAUUAUUUGUUUAUUGUCUGUUAUUCUUGUUGUUUAUUUUGGAUUUGCCAAUGGAGACAAGCAAUGUUAUGUAUGUAGAAGCUAUGCAGAGGGUGAAUUUUAUCCACAUUGUCCUAAAGAUGGUGAUGUGAAUCCUCAAAUAACAUGGAAAGAAAAUUGUACGGGACAUUGCUUCACAAGAACAGACGACUUAGAUGAUAAAUUGGUAUAUAGAGGCUGUUCAGAUUCUCAAUGGGGUUUACCAGAUCCUUUACCGCCCGAUGGUUGUUACACCUAUUAUUUGGAGGUCUGGUGUAUAUGUAAUAAAAAUCUCUGUAAUGGUAUAGCUAUAGGCGAAGGAGAGAUAGAAUUUGAUGCCCAUAUUCCAAAGGAGAUUGUUUCCCGAGAGUUUUCAAUUUCGAAUUCAAUUCUAUGUAAACCACCAGUUAAUUUCGACGAAGAGAGUAUUUGA